GCCGGGGGCUUAGUAGAGUGAGGACGCUUGGUGGGAGAAGGUUCCUACCUGAGCCACGCCGCGACACCUUCACGACCUACACGGUGCAGGACUGUUAACAACACCCUCUACCUCACACCGUCACCUGAAGACUUUCAAGAUGAGACUACUGCUGGUGGCGCCACUGCUGCUGUUGGCAGGUGCCUCAGUUGCGUCCGCUGUUGUAAUUUACAACGUGGAUAUCGCCUCCCACCUCAAGCACUUCACCAGCCAGCGGUUCCCCAACGAAGAGUACAAUGACGGACGCCUCAACGCCCAGAAGUACAUCAGAGAUCACUUCACAAACUACGGUCUCAAGGUGUUUGAGCAUAAGUUCAACACCACCGUCAACACAGACCCCACCGGCGUCACCUACCCGACGAAAACAGUUGAGGGCGUGAAUGUCAUCGGUAUCGCGGAAGCAGUGAGCAACACCCCUGGAGCGGUAUUGGUGGUGGGCGCGGACUACGACACCAGCGGACUGAAGAACCCCAUGUUUGAUAACGGGGCGGGUGUGGCAGCUCUACUGGAGACAGCCAGGCUCUUCACGCACAACACUCGCUGGUCGGGGGUGUACACGCAGAACUUCACCACCAUCUUCGUGGCUUAUGACCUCAACACCAAAGAACAUGGGACCAGUCCGGGUAAGCCAGGAGGACUGUUCUUCAUGAAGGACUUCCUGUGGUCUUACCUCAACCAGUCUCAGACCAACUUCGGCGGCGCCUUCAUCAUCGAUUCCAUCAUGAACAUCAACUACAACGCGAACUCUCAAAGGGUUGAUGAAAAUUUCAACCAGCUGUUCCCGGAGACGUACGAACAUGUGGUGGAGAAUGACAGGAAGGGGGACUUUCUUGGUGUUAUCACCAUCGAGGGAGAGAAGGCGGACCUGUUGAGGGACCAAUUUGCCGGCAACUACAACUGGGAUCGCAAGAGGUCAUCAUACCACCUGGAGGAGAUGGACAUAAAGAAAGGGAGCAAACUGACCGAACUCGUAAAGGAACUGACCAAACAAGAAACCAUCAACUACUGGGCCUUCACCGUCAACGAUACCGUCUUGUCCCUGCCAGCCGUCCUUCUUACUGACACCCAGGGUCUCCGAGAUAUUCCACCGAUGCCUGACUCCUGCGGCAACAUGUGUGGAGCAGACGAUCUCCUGACUACCGAGCGAGUGGACUUUAUAGACGCUUUGGUUAAGGGCCUCGUGCGGACCCUCAUGAGACGCCAAGGUUCCCCUAUCGAUUCACCUGACGCGGGUGUGACCAGUUUCCCUUCUCUGUUCAUGACGGUCCUUCUCUUCAUCGUGGUUCGUCUCUAUCAGUAGCUUCAGUCCAGGCGACCAGAGAUUAACAUCAAUACGACCAUCUAGACCGAGUCACCACCCACGUUCACUGAAGCUCCAACGCCUUUACUGACGAGUUGUUAGAAUGACCAUUUACGUUGUGUUUGAUGAUGAUUGUUCGGUUCACGUAAAGAUUAGACACCUUAGCUUAUUUCACCUGAUGAUUAAACACCCUAACCUAACCUAACCUAACCUUGAGGUAGCGUUAGGGUAUUUAAUCAAGCGAAAUAAGCUAAGGUGUCUAAUCUCCAGAUGACCCGAUUGUUCCAUUAGGAUUCUGUUGAUGUACUGUGCAACUCAUAAGCUUUCAGGUGUCUUGAAUCGAGGUCUACUGAUGUCUAUGAUAACAACAACAACAAUUACUUCGGUUAUCGAGUAAUAUUGUCCCAGGAAAAAAUACAAUAGUUGAUGUAUUGACGUCCUGGA